GACAGAAAGAGAGAGAGACAGAGAGAGCGAAGUCUUUUCAUUUUUUUUCCAUCUGCACUCCAGCCUGCGGCUCUAGGAUAAAUUAAACAGAUGGGAGCCCAGGGUCUGGAUGGAAACCAGUCGGCCGACGAUUAUUACUACGAGGAUGGGGAGCUGAACGGCACCCAUGACUACAGCCUGUACGAGGCGAUCUGUGUGAAGGAGGAGGUCCGGCGCUUCGCCAGUGUCUUCCUUCCGGCCUUCUUCGCCGUGGCCUUCGUGGUGGGGCUGGCUGGCAACUCGGUCGUGGUGGCCGUGUACGCCUUCUGCAAGAAGCGAAGGACCAAGACGGACGUGUUCCUCCUGCACCUGGCCGUGGCCGAUCUGCUGCUCCUGGGCACGCUGCCCUUCUGGGCAGUGAACGCGGUGCACGGGUGGGUGCUGGGGGAGGCGGCCUGCCGGGUCACAUCGGCCCUGUACACGCUCAACUUCGUGUCGGGCAUGCACUUCCUGGCGUGCAUCAGCGUGGACAGGUACCGGGCGGUGAGCAGGGGUCCCCGCCAGCCGGGGGCAGCAGGGCGGCCGUGCUGGCUUGUGUGCUGCGGCGUGUGGACAGCCGCGCUCUUGCUUAGUCUCCCCAAGCUGGUGUUUUAUACAGUCAACGCUGGGGGCAGGUGCGUUCCCUCCUUCCCCUACCUGCUGGGGGCGCCGGUGAGGGCAGCCAUCCAGAUGCUGGAGGUCUGCGUGGGGUUUGUGGUGCCCUUCCUGGUGAUGGGGGUGUGCUACUGGCUCACGGCGCGGGCGCUCAUCAGGAUGCCCGAUGGGAAGAGGUCUGGGCCGCUGCGGGUGCUGCUGGCUGUGGUGCUGGUUUUCGUCGCCACCCAGCUGCCUUACAAUGUCGUCAAGCUCUGCCAGGCUAUGGGCAGCAUCUACUCGCUGGUCACCACCUGCGAGGCCAGUAAGCGCCUGGACGUGGCCAGGCAGGUCACGGAGAGCAUCGCGCUGGCCCACAGCUGCCUCAACCCUCUCCUCUACACCUUUCUGGGCGCCUCCUUUAAGACCCAUGUGAUGAAGGUGGCCAAGAGAUACGGGCCGUGGCGGAGGCGCAGACAGGCCGUGGAGGAGAUCGCCUUUGACUCGGAUGCGGCCACGGAGCCCACCAGCUCCUUUAGCAUUUAAAAGGCCAAAGUGUGCUGCUGCCUUUCCUUCCGGUCAUGUGCAUGACAUGCCUUCCUCAGGCCAAAACAAACAAACAAACAACAAAAACCCAUCUGUGUGGCUCUGAAACUCUGGUUUCAAGUUGAUAUCAAAGAGGGUGACUUGGGGUGCAGACAGAAGCUGAGAAGACCGGGCAAUGUCAAAAUGUGAAAGUUAACAUCAUAGGGAAAUACUAGCUGCAGGCAUAAAGGGAAGCGUUAGGUGAAAAGAAGACCUUGGAGGAGAUGAGAGUCGUUUUAUAGCUUGAUGACAGUAGUGGUUACACAAAUCCAUGCCUUACACGAUGAUGUGGAAAACUCCAUAUGCUGGGAUCAGUUCCACCUUCCUGGGCUUGCUACGAUACUCUAAUUAUGUGAGAACAAC